ACGCCGAUUUACUGCCUGAUAUAAGCUACGUCCGUUAUUCUAAAUUGGAUUUUAUACAUGUUUUCUUGUACAUGGCAAUUAUUAUAGUAGUGGAUCCGAUUUCUGGUUUAUAUUUCAAAAAUUCCAAAGGUUCAGUGCUGCUGCUGAGAUGUUUGGUCUUUUGUUCUUCGUGCUGAUGGCGGACACCGUUAAUGGAGACGUGAGCUAUUCUUUUCCAGAGGAGAUGAAACGUGGAUCUGUGAUUGGAAAUAUAGCAAAGGAUCUCGGGCUCGAUGUGAACAGACUCUCAUCUCGUAAGGCUCGAAUUGAUACUGAAGGUAACAAAAAACGAUACUGUGACAUUAAUCUGAAUACUGGAGAACUGAUCGUAGCGGAGAGAAUCGACAGAGAGGAGAUUUGUGGGGACAGGCUUUCAUGCGUUUUAAAAUUUGAAUUCAUGCUAGAAGAUCCAUUAGAGCUGCAUCAUGUUUCUGUUCAAAUUCAGGAUAUUAACGACAAUUCGCCUAUUUUCUCAAAGGAUUUGAUCACAUUUGAAAUUAGGGAAUCUGCUGUUAGAGGUACACGCUAUCGUUUGAAUGCGGCUCAUGAUGCUGAUAUAGGACAGAAUGCAGUUCAGGGUUACAGUUUACAGAAGAAUGAUAAUUUUCAAUUGAGUAUAAAUUCAAAAGCAGACGGAGUAAAAAAACUUGAAUUACUGCUAGAAAAAGAGUUAGAUCGUGAGCAGCAGAAAGAGGUAACAUUAAUUCUCACUGCGGUAGACGGCGGGACUCCACCGAGAUCAGGUACUGUAGCCAUACACGUCACUGUGCUGGAUGCUAAUGAUAAUGCUCCAGUCUUUAGUCAGGCCGUCUAUAAAGUCAGUCUGCCUGAAAAUUCUCCUCUAGAUACUGUAGUGGUGACAGUGAGUGCUACUGAUGCUGACGAGGGACAAAACGGAGAAGUGUCGUAUGAAUUUAGUCGUAUCUCUGAAAGAGCAAGAAAGCUUUUCUACUUGAAUAAAAGUACAGGUGAAAUUCGGGUUACAGGUGCACUUGAUUUCGAGGACGAAGCCAAUUACGAAAUACUAGUUGAAGGGAAAGAUGGAUUUGGUUUAUCCAGUGAUGCUAAGGUUGUAAUAGAACUUGCAGAUGUUAAUGACAAUGCUCCUGAGAUACGAGUGAAAUCUUUGCGUAGUCCUGUUCCUGAGAAUGCGUUACCCGGUACAGAGGUUGGCAUCAUUAAUGUGCAGGACAGAGACUCUGAGAAUAACGGACAGGUGCGCUGCUCCAUUCAGCAAAACGUCCCAUUUAAACUCGUACCUUCAAUCAAAAAUUACUAUUCUCUGGUGACCACAGGUGAAUUAGACCGCGAGCUGCUCUCUGAUUAUAAUAUUACAAUUACUGCUACUGAUGAGGGCUCUCCGCCUUUAUCUUCCACUAAGAAUAUUCACCUGACUGUAGCUGACGUGAAUGAUAAUCCACCUGUAUUUCAGGAGCAGAGUUACAGAGCUCAUGUGCAAGAAAAUAAUAAACCUGGCUCCUCUAUUUGUUCAGUAUCAGCUACAGACCCGGACUGGAGACAGAAUGGCACUGUAGUUUAUUCUCUGUUGUCCUCUGAUCUCAGUGGCGCACCGGUGUCCUCCUUUCUAUCCAUUAACGGAGACACCGGGGUCAUUCAUGCCGUGAGGUCGUUUGAUUACGAACAGUUGAAAAGUUUCAAAGUGCUCGUGUUAGGCAGAGACAACGGUUCUCCUCCUCUGAGCAGUAACGUGACCGUGAGUGUCCUCGUAACAGAUGAGAAUGAUAACUCCCCUCAGAUAUUAUACCCCUCUCCGGAAGGAAACUCCUUCAUGACCGAGAUGGUACCCAAAGCUGCGCAGGCGCGCUCCCUGGUCUCCAAGGUGAUCGCCGUGGACGCGGAUUCUGGCCAGAACGCGUGGCUCUCGUAUCACAUUAUUAAAGCGACAGAUCCGGGACUUUUCACUAUCGGUGUCCACAGCGGAGAGAUCAGGACGCAGCGGGACAUUUCUGAAUCUGACACUAUGAAACAGAACCUCAUUGUGUCCGUGAGAGAUAACGGACAGCCCUCUCUCUCAGCCACGUGCGCAUUGUAUUUACUUAUAUCAGAUAACUUGGCUGAAGUUCCAGAACUGAAAGACUUGUCUCGUGACGAGAGCAGCUCCAAACUGACGUUUUAUUUGAUCAUCGCGCUGGUGUCCGUUUCCACUUUCUUCCUGACCUUCAUCAUCAUCAUCCUGUCAGUGAGGUUUUGUCGCAGGACAAAGCCCAGACUGUUGUUUGAUGGAGCUGUAGCCAUUCCCAGCGCGUAUCUGCCUCCAAAUUACGCAGAUGUGGAGGGCGCGGGAACUCUCCGCAGCACUUACAAUUAUGACGCAUACCUGACCACGGGCUCGCGCACCAGUGACUUCAAGUUCGUCAGAACUUAUAAUGAAGACACGCUGACUGCUGACCUGACUCUGAAAAAGUCUCAAUCUGCCGAUGACCUUAAUGCUUUUGCCGAGGAAAUAGAGUGUCUUUCUCAGGUAUGUUUUUAUCUUCAAACAGUUCUUUUUUUCGGCAGUUGUUUGUAUUAUUGCUUUGGCUUUGGUUAAGUAAAUGUAACAGAAACUAUUUAGCAAUGUUUACAUUAAGUUCGCUCAAUCUUUAUGUGCAGUAUAGCCUCUGGGGAAGUUGAGCAACCACUUGAUUCUAGA